CUUAAAUAGGAAUAUUCUCUGGUUUCUUUGCUCCUUUAUAACAGUAAAAUAAACAUCUUUGGUGUGUGGACAAAACAAAACACCAUCUUGGAGUUUUGGCAAACAAGAUCGACAUUUUUCCCCAUUUGAUGGAGCAAAAACUAAUCAUUAAGCGAGAAAAUAAGAUUAUGAAAAUAAUCGUUAGUUGCAGCCUAGAAUCCUUUAAUUAAACUUAGACAUGUCAUGUGUUUCAUGUGUGAUCUUGAGUAGAACAGGGGGAAGGGGGAAUUUACAGUAGCACAGGGUCACCACACAGAUUCUGCCCCCACUUCCUUAUCAGCAGCGAUGUGGUAAAAUUGUCUUUUAUGGCCCUUUCUCCAGUGGUUCUCCCUGAUAGCGGCUGAUAGCUUUGUGUUCGACCUGAACAAUGUCCAAGUUCAUUAACGCUGACUCAGGGGAAAAAAAGAGGAAUAUUAUUGAUACUCAUUUGUUUUUUUGCCUGGUUAUUUCCCUAGAAUUCCUUUUCUGACUCAAAUGAAUUAUCUGUACAAAUUACUCAAACAUUUUACUUGUUAAUAAAUAUUUUAUAACUGUGUUGACUUUACAACCAAGUGUAAAAAUAUUAAUGUGGUUGCUGUUUCACUACAGGCUAUAAAAUGUGUGUGAAUAGAGCAAGAGGGAGAGACAGAGACAUAUUGAGCUUUGAUCCAGGUAAUAAACUUGUCCUUUGUCUCCUUGGCAACAUGCAAUAAAGGAAGUUUACAAAGCGCCGACCUGCCCACUCUCACCUGCCAGCAAAUUAACUCUGCAGCUGUUUAUAGGAAGUGGAGAGUCGACCGUGAAAUGGAGGCAGACUCACUGCUGCAGGGAGGUGAACUAAGUUACUCUUUUCGGUUAUAACAACAAAACAAGGACUCGGUGACAUGGAUACCCUCUCUGCUGCGCUGGCUCGUUACCUCCUGGCCAUUUCUUUGGCUUUGGCACAAACAGAAACAAGGGAUUCUACCAUCACGCCCACGUCACCUCCCGGCUUAAACUUCACACAGACAACUGCAUUGUUAAGGUUGUCCGACGCCACUGUGGGUGCAAGUGUUACUCCAAAUGUGAAUGAGAACACAACUCCGUUCCCCAGCACAACCUGGGACCGCGAAACGAUCGACGACUCCACCGUUCACCCCACCGCUUCUCAAUCGACAACCGUGUUGACUCCUCUAACAGAGAGUAGCUCACCGACGACCGCCACGCCGGGUGCUCACACCCCAAUAUUUACUGAGCUGACGAUUCCAGUGAGUCAGACCACAGCAGGUUACACAAUUACACCUGAUACUACACUCGUAACAACUGCAAAUUCGUCUCACACCGCCAAUACAACUUCAGCCCUGGUGGACAGAACCACACACGGUUUUGGACUCAACAUUUCAGAACAGAAUAUAACCAUCGUCUUCAGUGUUGCACUGGGAGUGUUUGCUGUGGCACUGGUUAUAGUCAUGUCUCACAGAUGCAAACAGAAAGUCCAAUACUUGCAUCAGCCUUUCACCAACUCCGAUGACCCGGAUGCUUUCGUAGCAGAUGAUGAUACACUCAUUAUUUCUGGAGGACUUUAUGACGGACAUCCCAUCUACGAUAAUGUGCCCACAGUCUCAGACGACCAAUCUCAAUUUCGCCUCCAGUUCCUUCACUGAGGAGAGACCGUUCACCACAGACUGAUGCGACACCUUUGAUACACGACAGACAUGAACAAAACCAAGAUUAGUACAAUUUCAAGAAUAGAAUUGCACAUUCAAAUGUAUCCUCUUCGUGAGUGGCAGAGAGGAAAUUUAAACGUUGAGAACAUUCAAACGAGAGCAAAACUGAUUGAUUGGAACAGAUUUUUUACUAAUAUCACUGUCAGUACAAGGACAGAUAAAUAUAAAAAAAAAGUUAUACACAACGGCUACACCUUUUCCCUCACCAACAAUAUGAACUUAUGCAAAACAAACAAGGUUACAUGUGAACAUCAGUAACAUAACAAGUAACAUCAGUAUGAACACUAAACAAUACUAUUUAACUGAUCCAUUGUAACAAUCUCUAUGCAUGUUAAUAAGUUUACUUGACUGUUAUUUAUAUUAUUAUUUCUUUUUAUUUGAUCCAAUAUGAACAGUGCUAUUAAAGCAUAUUAAUAAAGCGUCAGUAUGAACUCCUAAA